GGAUUCAUGCGAGAGAGUGGAUCUCGCCGUCGACGGUGAUGUACUUGGCGGAGCAGCUGGUGGAAGAAGAGAACAAGGAUAUGAUCAAGGGAUUCGACUGGUAUCUUCUCCCCGUCCUCAAUCCCGACGGUUACGAAUACUCCCACAAGACCCACCGACUCUGGAGGAAGACCCGAUCCAAGACCUCCAAUCCCUUUUGCGACGGAGUGGACCUGAACCGGAACUUCGGGUUCCACUGGAUGGAAGGCGGAGCUUCGGGAAACCCUUGCAGUGAGGUCUACGCAGGACGGGAACCGUUCUCGGAACCGGAGAGUCGAGCAAUGAGGGACUUCCUGCAGACUAAGAUGCCGAACGUGAAGGGCUUUCUAACUUUCCAUAGCUACGGCCAGCUGGUUCUUUCCCCCUGGGGAUACACGAAGACCUUGCCCGAAGACCACGACGAGCUGGUCCGAAUGGCCUCAAUCUACACUUCAGCGGUAGCAUCGGAGAAUAACAUCCGAUACACCGUCGGAUCCACCAGUAACGAGCUGUACAUCGCGUCGGGGGGCUCUGACGAUUGGGCGAAAGGGGUGGCAGGGAUCCCGUACGCGUACACUGUAGAACUGCGAGACACUGGACGUAAUGGUUUCCUCCUUCCAUCGUCCCAAAUCAUUCCCGUCGGAAGAGAAACAUGGUCUGGUCUUCGCGCUUUCACCAAGGAGCUCGAUCGUCUCGCCAAUCAAGGGAACAUCCGGUUGGAACUGGGACGAAAUGACCCCGAACCAUCCCCAGGUCAAAUGGGAAAGUCAGCCAAUCCCCGCUUUUCUUCAAAGGUAUCGUUACCU